UUUCGUUUCUUGAUUUUCUUCCCUCAUCUUGUUCCAUUUUCAUUUCCCUUUCAAGAUUCGGAACAAAAACAAACUCGUGACUGCAACAUCUUCCUCAUAAGGCAUUCAUCAUUCAUUGGAUUAUAAUAGGAGUCACACACACUUGAAGAAGAUUCAAUUCAAUUCCCGCAACAACAACAAAUAUAUAUAUAGAGAGAGAGAGUGAAUAGUGAUGACAACGAGUACCCAAGCCUACGGUGAACCAUGGUACUGGGACAACCGCUACUCCAACGAACCUGGUCCCUUUGAUUGGUACCAAAAGUACCUCACUUUGGCUCCAAUCACCAACCUUUAUGUCCCUCCUGCCCAACCCGUUCUCGUUGUUGGUUGUGGCAACUCAGCGUUCAGCGAAGGCAUGGUGGUUGAUGGCGGUUACACGGAUGUUGUCAACAUUGAUAUAUCUUCGGUGGUCAUUAAAGCUAUGAAAACCAAACACCAAGAUUGCCCCAAAUUGAAAUUUAUGAAAAUGGAUGCCAGAGAUAUGAGUGAUUUUGAAUCAGGGUCUUUUGGUGCUGUUAUUGACAAAGGGACUCUUGACUCUAUCUUGUGUGGAAAUAAUUCAAGGCAGAAUGCUACAAAAAUGCUUGAGGAGAUUUGGAGGGUCCUCAAGGAUAAAGGAGUUUAUGUUCUGGUGACAUACGGAGCUCCACUAUAUCGCCUGCGUUUGCUACGGGAAUCAUGCUCUUGGACAAUAAAACUUCAUGUGAUAGAGAAACUUGCCUCAGAAGAGAAAUCUGAUAAUCCAGUUUGGGAGCUGACAAAACCGGUUCCACUCAACGAUGAUGGAAGCUCUGUGGAGGAAGCCCUAGGACAGAAUCCGGAUGUCCAUUAUAUAUAUAUUUGCACCAAGGAAGUUUCUGCUAACUCAAACACAAAUGCAUGACUGGGGCUGUUUAGAGAGGGAGACAUGCAUUUUCACUCUACAAAUUCAUGCUACUAUAGUUGAUCCUAGAACUUGUAAUGUUAAUUCCUAAGUCAAAAAAACUUUUCUUUGCGACCAUACAAAUUAUGAUUUUUGCAGUGUGAUCUUAAGACAGCAGCAUUUCUUUAAUUUCAAAUUUGAUUGAUUCCAUGACUUUUCCGUUAACUGAACCAUUUGUAAUGCAUUGUCAAAAUGUAUUUUUCUUCUAAAUUCUCAAGAAUUUUCUAGAAAUAACAGGCCAUUGUUGUCUUAUAU